AUCAUGAAGCCGGGAGUCGCGGCCGCGCCGGACGGCGGGCAGCAGCCAGAGGACGAGGCGGAGCAGCCCCCGCCCCGGAGACACCCGGGCGCCGAGCAGCAGUCUGCGCCGACACAGCAGCAGCCGCGGGCGCGGGCAGACACGGAGCGGGACGAGGAGGGCGACGACGACCCAGAGGAGGACGAGGAGCACAGGGCGAGGCCGCUCGCCCGCGUGCACCUGCCCCUGUCGGGGCCCUUGCACCUCUCCCGAAGGGACCGUUGAUGGAACCCAGCGGAGUGGGCCGCGGAUUUAAGGACUGCAGCAGGGCUGGGUCGAGGGCUGAGAGAAUGUAACUAUUCCUUUCUCCUGUCCUCUCCCACACGCCCCUCUUCUCUUCCUCUUUGCUCUGCUCCGCCGCCUUCCCACUCCCACGCACACAUCCUUCCUCCAGCCCGGAUCUUAGCGCUCAGGAAGGAGGCGGUCCCGCAAGGGUUAAACUAUCUUUUCUUCUUCUUCCUCCCCAACCUCCUUUCUUCCCACCUAUGCUCUCCUAAUUGGCUCUCCUCUCUUCUGCGUAGCCCCUUGGCUGCACAGGCGAAGCACAAGCCCACUGCCCAGUUUCACCCUCAACCUAUUCCCUAGCUCACCCGACUGCUCUCUUAAAAGCAACUCUGGUGCUUCUGGGGCUUCAUUGCCCCAGUUUUCUGCCCAGCAGAAUUAAAACUUCCCCCAACCUACCCUCCUGCACCGCCUUGCUCCCCAUCCCUCAAACAGCCCCCUCCUACUUGAGGAAAACUCUCUUUUCUUUCCCACAGAACAACCUCGGUUCUUCAUUGAACUAGUUUUCCAUAAGCCCAGCUCAAUCCAUUCCAAAUUUGGUUUAUAAUCUUCCCUACCCUUUUAUAGAAAAGAGAUUCCUCACUGCCUAGGGAUUUGAGAAGGAAUUCCUUCAUGGGGAACUUUUAGACAUUGAUCUUCAGGCUCCACCAGCCCCACCCUCAACAGUUCCUUCGUUGCCCUGCUCCUACCAGCAUCCUGGGUCAAGAACAGAAAGGAGACACCUUGAGCCAAGUAUGAAGUUGAAGUGAAGGUGCCAGGGCAAGGAAAACUUGUUUGUUGUUGGGCUUUCCAAGGAGGAGUUCAGAAUCAGAGACUCACAGUUCUCAGUCCUGGGAGCCAUCUAUUUGCUGCUUGGAGGGGUUGCAAAAACCACCAGUGAGAAAGUGGAUUUCCCCAUUACACAGAAACACUGUGGACCCCAAAACCCAGCGUACUCCUCUCUUCAAAGACUCCAGCUGCCGCUCUCAGGCUCACUGCUUCCUCCAGGCACAUGCUUAUGCCCCUGAGUGGGCUGCUCUGGUGGUGGUGGUGCUGCUGCUGUGGCUGGUACUGCUGUGGAUUGUGCGCCCCAGCUCCCCAGAUGUUGCGCCACCAGGGUCUCCUCAAGUGCCGCUGCCGCAUGCUCUUCAAUGACCUGAAGGUUUUUCUACUGCGGCGCCCUCCUCCAGCGCCCCUGCCCAUGCACGGCAACCCCCAGCCCCCCCAUUUGGCGGCCAACAAUAACACCCUUCCGGCUCUGGGGGCCGGGGGGUGGCAAGGCUGGAGGGGUCCCCGGGAGGUAGUGGGCAGGGAGACCCCUCCUCUGCCACCUCCACCACCUUUGCCGCCUUCUUCUGUGGAAGAUGACUGGGGUGGCCCAGCCACAGAGCCACUGGGCUCCUUUCCCAGCAGUGCCUCCUCUGAUGACUUCUUCAAGGAGAAGGCUGAGGAUCGCUACUCACUGGGCAGCAGCUUGGACAGUGGCAUGAGAACCCCACUCUGCCGUAUCUGCUUCCAGGGACCGGAACAGGGGGAGCUGCUGAGUCCAUGCCGCUGCGAUGGCUCGGUCAAGUGCACGCACCAGCCGUGCCUCAUCAAGUGGAUCAGUGAGCGGGGCUGCUGGAGCUGCGAGCUGUGCUACUACAAGUACCAUGUCAUCGCCAUAAGCACAAAGAAUCCUCUGCAGUGGCAGGCCAUCUCUCUGACAGUCAUCGAGAAGGUCCAGAUCGCAGCCGCCAUCUUGGGCUCUCUCUUCCUCAUCGCCAGUAUCUCUUGGCUCAUCUGGUCGACCUUCAGUCCCUCAGCUAAGUGGCAGCGCCAAGACCUCCUCUUCCAGAUCUGCUACGGGAUGUACGGCUUCAUGGACGUGGUGUGCAUAGGUCUCAUCAUCCAUGAGGGGCCCUCCGUGUACCGCAUCUUUAAACGGUGGCAAGCCGUCAACCAGCAGUGGAAAGUGCUGAACUACGACAAGACGAAAGACCUGGAGGACCAAAAGGCAGGAGGCAGGACAAACCCACGGACCUCCUCAUCCACCCAGGCCAACAUCCCUGCCACAGAGGAGGAGACUGCAGGCACGCCUGCCCCCGAGGAAGGCCCUGCCCGGCCUGCCAGCCACCCCUCAGGCCCUCUGUCCCACCACCACUGUGCUUACACCAUCCUGCACAUCCUGAGUCACUUGAGACCUCAUGAGCAGCGGAGCCCGCAGGGCGGCAGCCGAGAGCUCGUCAUGAGAGUCACGACGGUGUGAAAGGAGAGACCGGCGAAGGAGUGUGACCGUGCGCGCUUGCGGGGGGCCGCAAAGGGGCCAGAGGGCGGCACGAGGGAGGCAUAUCGGGACCCCAGGGCCCAGCGCAGAGAGCGGGCAGAGGGUGACAGGCCUUGAGGGUGCCCUGGGGUGGGGUGGAGCUGGAGGGAGGGUGGCACCAGGAGCGGUAUUGGGGCUUUCCGAUUAGUCGACCCCGUUCUCCAACUGAACGGCAACAAAAACCGACAAACUCAGCAACGAAGUGCAAUACAGGUGGAGCCUAACUCAACAAAAGGAAGCCACCCAGAUGCACGCGCAGGCAAGACCCCUGGAGGAGGAGAGGCUGCGGAGGGCAAAGCAGGGGGAGGCAGGUGGUGGUGGUGCCCAGGGUUGCACUGUGGGUGCAGACAGAAAGCAAAGGGAGCUGAGCGGAGAGCGUUUGUAGCUGCCGUUCCAACCUUGAAUUUCUUUUUGUUUCUCUCCGGGCAGUGGGGGGUGGGUGAGGGACUGGUGUGGGCUGGUAGGGAGGACACAGCCUGUGGGGUCUCCGGGCUCACCUGAUGAGCAGCAUUCAUUGGCUCACAUGGCUUUAGGGACUCUGGGGUGGAGAGUGCUGGGAGGGGGGUUUUGGUGUGAGCGCCCAGAGGCAGGCAUCUUCCAAUGCUAGGUGGGCUCAAAGAGGGCUUAGGUUUGGAGAUGAGUGUCUUUCUGUGCCCUUGUGACUUUAUUUUAUGGUGAUUUGGCUCAACGAUGUUUACAGGAAAUAGACACACACACAUACACACACUAUGAGAGAAAAGUAUAGAUUGCUGGUGGGCAUCUCAAGCACAGUUCUGCUGCUGUGGCUUCAGCCUUUGAAGCUGCCACUCUAGGGGCAACUUCCUCAAUUACCCAAGCCAAGACAGGCUCAGUGCCACUUCUCCUCCUGCCUUGGCAGGUGCACAGACCCAGGCCCCCUUGCAGGGCACCUCCCACCUUGGGGUCUGCAGGAAGGCUGCAGCUGUGCAUGGGAAGUUGAGUGUGCCCCAAGGAUUAGAGUGGAAACCGAUCUAAGUAUUCCUUGCUGCUUGGGACCCUCCCCAAAGAGGCCAGCACUCGGUGCUCCGUGCUCGCUGGUCCUCCGCAGUCAGGCAGGCCAGGGGGUCCUGGCAGGGAGCACUGUGCCUGGAGCCCACCUGCUUAUUCCCAGGAUCCUGCCAGGGAAGGCCACUGGGUGGUCCCCUGUGGAGUUUCUUGUUGUCAUUGCACAAUGGCUGCGUUGUCUGUGGGUAUUAAAGGGACACUGUCACGUACUUUUUUAAACUAGUUUUUAGGGUUUUUUAAAACUCUCUGUUGUUUGUAAUAUUCUCUUAAAAGCUUGAAAAUAAACUUUCUUUCCCUACCA